AUGUCGAGAGAGGAAUUCUGGCUUGAUCCGAGUUACCCGCGCAUUUCUACUCAAGACGCUCUCGACGAAGCAUGGCGUUUGAUUGCAGAGGACGAGGAGGAAGAAGAAGGAGAAUCCAACGUUCAUGUCAACGUAGAUUCUGGUUCCUCCAAGAAUGAUGCUGCAAUACUUGCAAAAUCGAAGUCCAAAAUUCGCAGUGGCUUACAGAAGGUGGCGAAACAGCUCGUUUCGCCUGGUUCGGGUUUGGGUUUGGUUAGCUCUCUCUUGAGACUCGGGAGGUCAAGGAAAUCAAACAACAAUGGUGCUUCUUCUUCUUCAGGUUCUUCAUCUUCCGCAACUGAGUGUCCCCAGUCCUCUGCCUGUCAGGAGUUGGCUUCUGCAGACUACGUAGUUCCGCAUGAAACCAAGCGUUUGUUUCGUGAUUCUGCAGCUUCUGCAUCCAGCUCAUCGACAGGUACCUCUGAUGAAGCCAGCACUGAGGAAUCCUCAUUCGAAGCGGAUUCAUCAACUUCGUCAGUGGCUGCAGCACCUCCGGAAAAGACAGUUCGUCACACCGUCGUCUCCCCUCCUAUACAAGACUUCCUGACGAUGGAGCCCAACCUCCCCGUCGUCUUCUCCGUCGUUCCCAAAGUGGGCAAGGUGGAGCAGCGAUUCUUGGCUAGUUUCAUGAAGAGAAAGAAGGAACCCAAAAAGAGCACUCCAUUGCCAGUAGCGUUAUGUUUUCCAGUUCUAUGGCCUUAG